UUCAGGAGAAGACCGUAAACUCGAUAGGAAUAUAGAAUAGUACUGCAAAUGUUUGAAAACAUAUAAUAAACUAUGCGGCUAGAGUUCUCAUGCCUGGCGGGGCAGGCACCUGCGAUCGAAUGAUCCAAGUUAUUCAAUUACCCCUAUUACUCACCAGACUCUGUACAGCAUGUCAUUGAGAUGUAGGCGAGCGGCUGGCUUGCCGGUACGGCCCACGUUGCUGCGCCGCGAAUGCCGCUCCAAGGUUACCUAACUGGUGUUUGCUUCCACCUCCCUUGAUUCCGUUUACCCCUGAUUGCCUCCCUUCUCUGCAGUAUACCUGUAAGAAGUGGAAGGCGGUGAUACUUGACAAUCCACAUGCUGGAAUGUAUAAAGGACCCUUCAUCCUGCCGUAUGGCGUACUGUAAUUUAUCCUUCUACUGAACAAUCUAACGGGAUUGCAUGUACUCCUCUUGACAAUACCAGCACCCCAAGAUCACUCACCUCAAGUAUCUCUUCGAGCUCACGACCACAAUAGUGUUUUUACCUAGUCGCCGGGUAUUUGAUUAUUUCCAUGAACAAUGGCGUCUCAAGCUCGUAUUGAGCCACACGUCUCAGUGAUCCCUGCUCCGGAGCUUGGUCCUGAUGUCUACACCAACGCCCAGUAAGUGGAAAAGGCAACAACGGAGUUAGAUCCUAACAUGAUGCUUAGCCCUUUGACCCUUCACCAAGACUCCCGACCUGUGUUUGGCGGGUUUCUCGUGUCGCAAGCCUUGUCAGCAGCUUGUGCUACGGUGCCGGAUACUUUCCUCCCGUACUCAUCCCAGUCGUCAUUCUUGGCACCUUCCAAUGGGAAUGAGAAGAUCGUCUACCGUGUUGAAAGGACUUGGGAGGGAAGAAACCGCCUAAACCGGGUUGUCAAUGCUUCCCAAAGUGCUACCUGCGUCUAUACGGCGAUUGUAUCAUUCCAGAGCGCCACUGAUUCGAUUGGCAACACCUUAGAGUAUGGGGUGCCCAAACCAGUGCUGGGCCAACUCCCGGAAGACAUCGAUCCAAACGCAAUACAAGCAUUACAACCCCAGUCGUCAAUCUCGGCACUUUCCAAUGGGAAUGAGAAGUUCACCUACCGUGUUAAAAAAACUUUGGCGGAUGGGAGUUGGGUGACCAAUGUUAUCCAUCCUUCCCCAAAUGCUCGCGUCUAUACGGACAUUUCAGGAAUCGUCACUAGUUCAAUUAGCAACACCAUCGAUUUUAGGGUGCCCAGACCAGCGCUAGACCGACCCCCGGAAGACAUCGGUCCAGACGCCAUAGAAGCAUUACAAUCGUCGAUGCUCAAUGGUUCGUCGCCCAUCAUGCAGCAAAGCGCUGAGGAUCGACCGUUGGAGUGGAAACUCCAUUCCGUCGAGAUGGGCGAGAGGCCCACCGAGUUCCGGGUGCGGGGAUACUUCCGGUCCUCACCCCUUUCAACCGAGAGCUGCACCACACACCUGGCCGCAUUCGCGUAUGCGUCGGACGAGUUCUUCUUCGGGCCCGUUUUUGCCGCGAAUCCGAUGGCAGUGGGAAAAGGAGCCAGAAACGUGACCAUAUGCACAAGCCUUACUCAUAAUGUCUCGUUUCAUGACUCGGACGCCAAAAUCGAUGAAUGGGCCAUCGUUGAGCGGGAGACCACGUGGGGCUCUGCGGGACGCGUGAUGGUCCAGCAGAAGAUGUGGGAUAUGGACGGCAAGAUGAUCUUGUCAAGCUCACAGGAGGCUCUUAUUCGUCUAAAAGAGGCCGAAACAGAAGUAAAAGAGGUUAAGACAGAAGUGAAAAAGUUUGGUACAGAAGUGAAAGAGGCUGAAGCAGAACUGAAAGAGGCUGAAGCAGAAGUGAAAGAGGUUGCGGCAGAAGUGAAAGAGGUUGAGGCAGAAGUGAAAGAGGCUGAGGCAAAAGCCAAGACGUAUGAAGAUUUAUCAGUAGCAUUACGUAACAAGGCCACGUGAUUGGCCGGGCCCCUAUCCCACCAUGUAUUUAGGCCGUACCGGUAGUUCUCUAGGCAGCUCGACAGCCCGAAGGGCUUUAGUAGUACCUAGGUAGUUACCUAGUCAGUUCAAGUUACUAGAUUGGUCCUAUUCAGAUCCUAUUUUGCGUAGAUCGUGACC